AUGGCUUUCGGUGAUCGCGGAGGUCGUGGCGGCGGUGCCCGUGGUGGCGGACGUGGCGGUUUCGGCGGUGGACGUGGUGGUGCCGGCGGUGGUCGCGGUGGCUUUGGUGCCGGUCGUGGCGGUGCAGCGGGCGGCCGCGGUGGCUUCGGAGCUGGACGAGGUGCUCCCGGUGGUCGUGGCGGAGGACGUGGUGGUGGACGAGGGGCACCCCGGGGCCGCGGUGCUCCCGGCGGCCGAGGUGGUCGUGGCGGUGCACGCGGCGGUGGAAAGCCCGGUGCUAGGGGUGGCUCCAACGUCAUUGUCAAGCCUCAUCGACAUGCCGGUAUCUUUGUCGCAGAGGGCAAGGAGAUGCUCCUCGUUACCAAGAACAUUGCCCCUGGCGAGUCGGUGUACGGCGAGAAGCGCAUCUCGGUCGAGACGCCCGGUGCCGGUGCUGAUGGCACAACGGCCAAGACCGAAUACCGUGUCUGGAAUCCUUUCCGAUCCAAGCUUGCUGCUGGUGUGCUCGGUGGACUGGACAACAUUCACAUCGCGCCUGGCAAGAAGGUGCUCUACCUUGGUGCUGCCAGCGGUACCUCGGUUUCGCACGUUGCCGAUCUCGUCGGCCCUGAAGGUAUCGUCUACGCGGUCGAAUUCUCGCACCGUUCGGGACGUGAUCUGAUCAACAUGGCCAAGAAGCGUACCAACGUCAUCCCCAUCGUUGAGGACGCUCGACACCCUCACAAGUAUCGCAUGCUCGUUGGCACCGUCGACGUCAUCUUUGCCGACGUUGCCCAGCCAGACCAGGCGCGUAUCGUGGCACACAACGCCGAAUCCUUCCUCAAGAACGAGGGCCACGCACUCAUCUCGAUCAAGGCCAGCUGUAUCGACUCGACAGCACCCGCCGAGGCCGUGUUUGCUGCCGAAGUCAACAAGUUGAAAGGCAUGAAGUUCAAGCCACGCGAGCAGCUUACGCUCGAGCCAUACGAGCGUGACCAUGCCAUGCUUGUCGCUCAAUACCAGCGCCACAAGGCAUAA